AUGGAGAUUGAAUCAAGAAAUGAGUUAUGGAACAAGCUAAAAAUAGUGUUCUACAUGUUCAGAAAAACCAUGGCAAAAACAAAGCUACAAGUUGAUCUCCACCUCAAGCUCAAAAAUGGCAAACUUGCCCGGAAAGCCUUCACCGCCCUCCUCCUCCGCCACCACUAUCCCGCCUACGCCCGCCGUUGCACCACCCACAACAUUGAAACAUCGCCUCAAGAACACGUCUUACGGAGCACUACUACCGGUUCCAAAUCCAUAUCCCACCACCACCAUCCUGAUCAUGACUACCACAAGCUUCAUCAACUAGUACUUGAGGUGUUGAAUGAUGGCGAUAGCGGUGCUGCCAUCGAACCAUUGGCGGUGGUUGAUUCGCCAUUGCAGGCCGAGGAGGAGAAUCAAGUAGACAAGGCGGCGGAGGAAUUCAUUAACAGGUUUUACAAACAGUUAAAGCAACAAAGGAUUGCUUCUCCAUCACCAAAUUAA